AUGCUGCCAAAGUUAAACCUGGUUCGCCGUCUCGGGCUUGGUGCCCUUGCCGCUGCAGCUUUGUCUUCUCUCUCAAGUGCUGCUCCCGCCAAUGUCGCUAUUCGUUCACUGGAGGAGCGCGCCUCUUCUGCUGAUCGUCUUGUCUUUUGCCAUUUCAUGAUUGGCAUCGUCGGUGAUCGUAGCAGCUCAUCCGACUAUGACGAUGAUAUGCAACGUGCCAAAGCCGCUGGCAUUGACGCGUUUGCUCUGAAUAUUGGCGUCGACGGCUACACCGACCAGCAGCUCGGAUAUGCCUAUGACUCUGCCAAUAGAAACGGCAUGAAGGUGUUCAUCUCUUUCGACUUUAACUGGUGGAGUCCUAGCAAUGCUGCUGGCGUCGGACAGAAAAUCGCCCAGUAUGCCAAUUUGCCGGCCCAGCUAUAUGUCGACAAUCGCCCGUUUGCUUCUUCAUUUGCGGGUGACGGUCUUGAUGUUAACGCGUUGCGUUCGGCCGCCGGGUCCAACGUGUACUUUGUGCCCAACUUCCACCCCGGCCAGUCCUCUCCUUCAACUAUCGAUGGUGCCCUUAACUGGAUGGCAUGGGACAAUGACGGAAACAACAAGGCGCCCAAGCCAGGCCAAAACGUCACCGUAGCUGAUGGUGACAAUGCCUACAAGAACUGGUUGGGCGGCAAGCCCUAUCUCGCUCCAAUCUCGCCUGAAUUCUUCACGCACUUUGGCCCCGAAGUGUCAUUCAGCAAGAAUUGGGUGUUCCCUAGUGGCGCGCUGAUCUACAACCGCUGGCAGCAGAUCCUCCAGCAAGGCUUCCCGAUGGUUGAGAUUAUCACCUGGAACGACUACGGCGAAUCGCACUACGUCGGGCCUCUCAAGUCAAAGCACUACGACGACGGAAACUCAAAAUGGACAAAUGAUAUGCCCCACGAUGGAUUCCUCGACCUGUCAAAGCCUUUUAUUGCUGCAUACAAGAAUAAGGAUACCGAUGUCUCAAAGUACAUCCAGAACGAGGAGCUGGUUUACUGGUACCGCCGCAAUCUUAAGGGAUUGAACUGUGAUGCCACGGACACUACCUACAACCGCCCAGCUAACAAUGCGAGCGGAAAUUACUUUGAAGGCAAGCCCGAUGGCUGGAACAUAAUGGAGGACGCUGUUUAUGUAGCCGCCUUCUUGAAGUCUGCUGGUACCGUCACCGUCACGUCUGGAGGCACAACCCAAUCGUUCCAAGGAAAUGCUGGCGCAAACAUCUUCCAGGUUUCAGCCAGCCUGGGCCAGCAGAAGUUUGCUCUCACCCGAAAUGGCCAAACCGUCUUCAGCGGCACAUCCCUUAUGGAUAUUACCGACGUCUGCGCCUGCGGCAUAUACAACUUUAACACAUACGUCGGCACUGUUCCAGCAGGAUUUGAUGACCCUCUGCAAGGAGACGGUCUCGCAUCGCUCACAAUUGGCCUGCAUGUUACAACUUGCCAAGCUCAGCCCUCUCUGGGAACCAAUCCCCCGGUUACAUCAGGCCCCACCACUUCGAUUUCAGCUUCUUCGACUCGUGUUUCUUCUACCCGCGCAUCUUCUCCUCCCGUGUCUUCUCCUCCUCCAACUUCUCGUUCCAGCUCUUCUACUCCGCCAGUCAGCACACCACCAUCUGGCCAAGUCUGUGUUGCUGGAACCGUCGCCAAUGGUGAGAGCGGUAACUAUAUUGGUCUGUGUAACUUCAGUUGCAACUAUGGCUACUGCCCCCCUGGGCCAUGCCAGUGCACUGCAUAUGGCUCGCAAAUUUCUCCGCCCGCGUCGAAUGGCCGCAACGGCUGCCCUCUGGCUGGGGAAGGCGACAGCUAUUCGGGCCUCUGUAGUUUCACCUGUAAUCACGGCUACUGCCCCCCAACAGCAUGCCAGUACUGCUAG